AUUUAUUUCAUAAUAAUCUGGAUUAUCUCAAUCAAAUCGAGUCUUAAAUCGAGUGUUAUCUUUCAUCUUACACCAAAUUCAAUGUUUAAUUAAUUACAGUGGCUAUUAAAUUGAAUAAACUGUCUCCAUUAAUAUCUUUACCGUGAUAUCUCCUUUGAUUGAUUAUUUAUUGCUCUUUGGGUUGAAAUUAAAGUUGAUUUGAUUUUGUGCGAAAAAUCGACCUUGAUUACAUUCUUAAAUCAACCAACAGAUGGUAGGACAAAUGUGCGGUUACAGCGCCACUCUUAAUUGUUAGCAACAUUAAACUCUUAACUCUUAAUUUCUGUCUUCGUUUUGAAUCGGAUUUGUUGAAUCAUUCUUAAUGUAUUAAAUUAAUAUAUAUAGUUGGUGCUGGUUGAUACUUGGAAGUUAAUGUAACACUUUCUUUGUAUUUACUAAGUGUGUUUAACCUAAUUGCUCAUUCCAUCCGGAAUCUUCACUAUGUACCGCCAUUGUUAACAUUGUUUAAAACAAAGUUAAUUUGCUCGUUCGUCACAAGCGAUUACCAGUCCAUCUUUACCGUCAAAAACCCUUUCAACGAUCGGAUCCCAAUCAUCUGUAUCAUCAUCAACAUUCUAUCUGUUAGAGUGAUUCUUUAGAUCAUAAAAAACUGCUCAUGUAUUAAAUCAACGAAGUUGAUUGAAAAAUCUGGAUUCACUUGAGUAUCUGUUCAACCUUGAAAUCUUCUUUGGCAGCCAUUUAUCCCAACAUGGUAAGAAGUGUCUAGAAAUAAGGAUUCAAGCGGAUUUGCUCACCUUAGACAUUUAAAUCGACCAAUCAUCUCCAAUUUUGUUAAUUUGAUUCACCGUUCAGCUAUCAACACACCUGGUUCAAAAGUUCCUUCUUUAUUCAACUAAGUUAAUACCCCGUUAUACUUUUGUUUAUCCCUGUUCUGUGGUUACGCUUGAUUUUUCCGCGAAAAAUCAAACCUAAAUUUGUGCUUAAAUAUGGUAGACCAGAUAAACGCCCAAAGUUCAAAGAAAUCCUUUCCUUGGGGUUAUUGUCAAGAGGAUGAUCAAUCUGGUGUCGACCUCGAUCACCAUGCGCUUAGUCUACUUGCCAAUUUUGAUAUUCUUCCCGAUAAAGAAAGUGCUUUGCUACUUCAGGCUUCUGACGAAUUAUGUUCUAAAAUUGACACUAGCAAUCCACGUCACCAUCAUAACCAUCAACAUAUUCAAAAUCAACUACAACAUCAACCAGAACCUCCUCAUGAUCUUCAUUCACACCAUCAUUUGCGAUCGCUUGAAAGAGAUACUCAUCCUGCUCGAAGACAAUAUGUCGGUUCAGUUUCUGAUCCAGCUGACUGUGUUUCCCUUUUUACAGAUUUAAUUUCUGGUAUUCAAGAAGUCAAAUUUAGUCAAACUCGGGCUUUCGCUGCUACAAUAUCAGCGAAUACAAUUGGUCAACCCUAUGAAUGUUCAUCUCCAGUAAUCUCACCAUCAGAAUAUCAUGGCAACCAGAACGAUGUUUUAUCACCAGCCUUGAUGUCAGCUCCACCCUCAUCACCUAAUCAAUCCAAUUGGGUACAAAAUACCAACAACAGUAAUAGUGGUAGUGCUAGUGGUAGUGGCCGGACCAGUGGCUGUAGUGCAAAUAAUAUCAACGACUCAAAAGCAUCUACACACAAUCAUCGUGAUCAGCAACCACAUUUUCUUCAACGCAAUUCUUCUAUUAUACAUCAAACCAACAAAUCAAAUGUAAUCGAAAAGCAUCUACCACCAAAUCAACAAUCGGAUUAUUUUACAUCUUACGAACGCCCUGUAUCCCCAAAAUCCUCUAAAGUGGCCUAUUAUAAUUCUGAUAGUAACCUUGAAAACGGUGGUGCUGAUACUCCAAAUGAUGCUGAUAUGUCUAGCCUUAACUGUGAUUUGGGUAAUUCUGAUGAUUGUUUAAGCUUAAGUGCUGAAGGGGGUUCUAUAUCUUUCCUGAGGAAUUGUUCAAAAGGCUCCAAAAAAAGCUUAGACAAAGGUUCUGAUGAGUACAAAAGACGCCGUGAAAGAAACAAUGUGGCUGUUCGCAAAAGUCGAGAGAAAGCAAAGCAAAGAUCUAGAGAUACUGAGAAAAAAGUGCUUGAAUUACAAAAUGAGAACGGUUCUUUAAAAAGAAAAGUCGACGAAUUAAGCGGACAAAUGAUGAUUCUUCGACGUUUACUAAAUAAUCACGGAAUUUCUCAAGAUCAUAUUGAAGAUGAAAUUAAUCGCACAUUUCAAGAAACUCGAAGACCUGGCAAUGACUAUUGAACUUUGAAAGAAUUUUUCAAUUAGGAAAUGAAAGAUUCAAAAUCAUGAAACUAAAAAGAUGAAUUAAUUUUUUUAAAACUAGUUGAUUUCAACUACCAUAGCUUUAAACUAAAAAAAGAAAGAAUCAAAACCACUCGUUAAGCUCACUGAUCUCGUCCUUUACUAUUUUCCCACUCUUCUCUCAUUCUUUUCUACUCUAUUAUUUCUAAAGUCUAUGUGUCCUUAUACCUUUCGUCGUCUCCUCUUUCUUCCUUUUUUUUCUUUCUCUCAACAAAAAUCAGAAGAGAGCGUUUAGAGAAUUAAAAGUGAAAGUCAAGUCCGGGAAUAAUACAGAAACACUAAUUAUAUGUUUCUCCAUCCAAAAUAUUAGCAAUCUAGUUCUAAAAUUCUAUUGAUUCCGUUAAAUAUGUUGCCUAUAAGUUUAUGCUGUUUUAAAAAGAUAAAGAUCACUUUGGUACCAAUAACACGCAACUAAUGGAGAUGAAUCACGGAUCCAGUUUAAAAUUGUGGUCUAUUUAAAUGUCUUAUAAUUUAAACAUGGCAAUAGAGGGAAGCCAGAAACCCCAUUUCAACUCUACUUUUCUCUUUUGUCUGUACAUUUGUCAAAAACAUCAAUAAUUCACUAUCUUGACAUCUCCAUGGCUUCAAAUACAAAGUUUAUGUAAAUUAAGAACCCAGAUUAUCAGUUUGUUCAAAGCUGUUCAAUUAUUACCAUCAUCAUCAUAAUCAUCAUCAUCAUCCUCUUCAUCUCCAUUAUCUCAUAUUCAUCACCUUUCGUGACAUCUCUAUCAUCCUCGCAAUCUUCAUCUUCUCAUCACAUCAUCAUCAUCAACAAAAACAACAAUUAUCACCCUUGCCACUUCUGUCGUUGCUAUCUGGUAUCCAAAAAGAUUGAUGUUGGACGAUGAGGAAAAAGUAACAAAUAUUACCUCAUUCACUAUUUCAAGUUGUAUACAUGUUUUGGUUCUAUUCUCUUUUUGUUUAUCAUUGAAAACAAAAACGGAAUUGUCUCGUAUAAAUUGCUCCAUAUGUGAUGGAUAAAUUCCCGAUAAAAAAAUCUUCAUAAAAUUCAAAUAUCUGUGAAAAAAAGUAUAAUAAGCUAAUAUUAAUGUAAUAAUCAGUGAUAUAAUUUAGCGUAAACUUUAUGUUGAUGACUUACAAGCAAAACAAAAAGGGAGAAUCGCGGCUUGAAAAAGCUGUAAAUUGAGGCAAAAAAAGGGUUGCGAACCAUCUGCAAAAUUAUCCAAGGAAGGAAAAAACAAGAAACAAUCUCUACAAGGAAUCACUGUAUAUCAUCCUUUUGAUGGCCAAUAGCCAAUCUAAAAUUCAACCUGUCCUUUUACUUGGAUUGAUCUUGUAGAGGGAAAAGUAAUGAUUAAAUCAGGAAAGUCUGCUAAAUUGUUAUUUUUAUUACACACAAGGAAUAUGCACUUAAUAAUGUUUAAGAGUAACAUCCAAUAAAAAAAAUAACAUUAGUUUACUCUUGAACAUUAGAAACGAGUGAAAACCUUGAUAAUAAACAUAACUUGAAAUCAAGCUAAAAAUUAUAUUGAAAUGUAACGUUUUCAAACAUCAAUACUAUUAAUGUAAUGAAUCAUUGCUAAUGAUUACAACUUCAACUCGCCAUAGUCAUCAAGCAGAAGACCUGUUGACCUUCUUGUUCUCUCACUCUCCGUUUAUUUUGCCUCUACUCUCCCUUGAUUCCUCUCUCAAUCUCCUCCUCAUGAUUUUGUUUAGGAUUCAACAAAAUCAAGUUGAUUGUCAAACAACAAAAAAAUGUUUCUUAAAGGGUGUUUCAGUUAACUAGUUCCGAAAAGGAGGAGAUUAAAAUGUCGACGUCGAUGUUUAAAUGUGAAAUGAUCAAUUUUGAAGAAUACACUUCAACAAAUGAAAUAUCUAUGAUAUUUAAAAAAAUAUAUAUCAAUCAAAAUGUAACAUUUAAAAUUUACUAAUGACUUAAAUUUGAGCUUAAAUUUA